GAGCGUCUGGAGCGAGCUGAAGGCGUUCGACGAGACGACCAAGAGCAUGGGCUUCGCGUGGGUCUGCACCUACAUCUGCGUCGUCUCCCUCAUCAUCCUCAACAUGCUGCUCGCCAUCGUCAUGGACAGCUACGCGAGCCGGCAGGAGCUAGUGGAGAAGCACGGGAGCGAGGACCUGAUCCAUCAGGUGUACAACGAGGCGCAGGACGCGUGGGAGCGGCUGCAAGGACGGUCGACCCUCAAGGAUCUACUGCAGGCGCUGAAAGAGGCGGAGAAGGAGGGAAGCUACUGGGACUUGAAGGAGGAGCUGACGGCAGAGGACAUGGUGGAGCUGAUGAUCAAGUCGAAGCGGAGGAGGGGGAGCCGGCGGGGGAGCUGGAUUCAGCAGGUGACUCCGUUGGAGCCGGAGGAAGGACAAGAGAUGAAGAAAGAAGACAAACAGCACGUCAAGGUCGCGAUCGAACGAGCUCUUCGCCGCUUCAUGGAUUCGAAUGGAAAGGCGAAGCAUUGACGCUGAGGUUGAUACAAAGAUGCUUGCGUGGUCAAAGCAGGCCUUUGCGGCUUCCUUUCAUGGUUGCCCCUGUGAAAGGAAGGAUAGACUAUGUACAAGUUUUGGCAGCUGCGACUCAAAAUUUUGAUUGUGGUCGAUCAGUCUGUGUAUGCUAAUGUGACAUCAUCUCCUAUUCAAGGAGCGGGCAAAAUGAUGAUUGAAGUCAAGACGAAUCAGC